CCGCGAUUUCACUUAACUUCCCCCCCUUCUUUUACCUCUGGACUAAUUUUUCUCAUCCUCUUCACUUCAAACCUGACAUUGACUCCUUUCUUUUUGUUCCUAUCGCCUGAGAGAAUACAAUUGGAGUCAAAAUGAGUCAAGAACACGACGAGUCCCAGAUGGGCGAGGAAGGCGGCAUGCCCGGUCCUGGUGCCCCAACACCACUAUUCGCUCUGGAGGGAGUUGCUGGUUUGACCAAGCGAGAUAUUCAGCUCGUUGUCGAUGGAGGUUACAAUACCGUGGAGUCAGUGGCUUACACACCACGACGAGUGUUGGAACAGAUCAAGGGUAUCUCUGAGCAGAAGGCGACCAAGAUUCUAGCUGAGGCUUCCAAACUUGUGCCAAUGGGCUUCACUACCGCCACAGAGAUGCACCAACGCCGCAGCGAACUCAUCUCGAUCACCACCGGAUCGAAGAACCUUGAUACACUUCUCGCAGGUGGCAUCGAAACCGGCUCAGUCACUGAGCUGUUUGGUGAAUUCAGAACAGGAAAGAGUCAGAUUUGUCAUACCCUCGCUGUAACCUGUCAAUUGCCCUUUGACAUGGGUGGUGGCGAGGGUAAGUGCAUGUACAUCGACACCGAGGGCACAUUCCGACCUGUCCGAUUGCUAGGAGUAGCCAACAGAUUUGGUCUUUCGGGGGAAGAAGUUCUGGACAAUGUUGCAUACGCCCGCGCUUACAACUCUGAUCAUCAACUUCAAUUACUCAACCAGGCUGCCGCGAUGAUGUGCGAGACAAGGUUCUCCCUCCUCAUCGUUGACAGCGCGACAUCACUAUACAGAACAGAUUUCUGUGGUCGUGGUGAGCUCUCAAAUCGACAGACUCAUCUGGCCAAGUUCAUGAGGACACUUCAGCGACUGGCAGACGAAUUCGGUAUCGCUGUGGUUAUUACAAAUCAAGUCGUGGCUCAGGUCGAUGGCGGCCCAAGCGCCAUGUUCAACCCCGACCCCAAGAAGCCCAUCGGUGGUAAUAUCAUUGCUCACGCCAGUACAACAAGAAUCAGUCUCAAGAAGGGUCGAGCUGAGACUCGUAUCGCCAAAAUCUACGACAGCCCUUGUCUGCCAGAGAGUGAUACACUAUUUGCCAUUGGUGAGGAGGGCAUUGGUGACCCAGCGCCCAAGGACACGGAGAAGGAUUAGUUUUGAUUGACGAUUUGUGUUUAUACAAGCGCUGGAGUAUCUGGUGAUGAUUAUUUGCAUGGUUGAUGGUUGGCGUAGAUUCCAAUGGUCGUUUCAUGGAGUGGUAUUUUUGAAAUGGGACGGAGCUGUUCUAGAAAUGGGUACGGGCUAUGAAAAUGAUUAACUAAUGUAGUAUUGAGUCUUUUCAAUCUAAUUAACUGCCAUAAUGUUCCUUUCAACAUGUGAUAAAACAAAGGCAAUCGUUUGUUGUC